AUGGACGGCAAAUAUUCUUCAGAUCCCGAGUGGGCAUCCAUCCAACCCAUCGAACUAAAGGAUGGCAGCGAAUCCGGCGCCAUGCCCCUGGCCACCAUCGCUUAUUCCCCCGAGUAUCUCGAGGCCACUUCCUAUCUGCGAGCAGUAAUGGCCGCCAAUGAGAUGUCUGAGAGGGCGUUGAAGUUGACGGAACAUAUCAUCUCCAUGAACGCUGCCCAUUACACCGUGUGGAUCUACCGGGCGAAGAUUCUUUUUGCCUUGGAAAAAGACCUCAACGCUGAAAUCGAAUGGCUAAACAAAGUAGCCCUUAAACACCUGAAGAAUUAUCAGAUUUGGCAUCACCGUCAAGUCAUCAUGUCAUCAAGAAGUCAAUUCCCAACCCUUCCGCCCAAAGAGCAAGAUUUCCUAAUGGAGAUGUUUGCUCAUGACGCCAAGAACUACCAUGUCUGGACGUAUCGCCAUUGGCUUGUCCGUCAUUUCAAGCUGUGGGAUUAUCCCCGUGAGAUUGAAGAUGUGGAGGCACUUCUCAAGUCUGAUAUUCGAAACAAUUCUGCUUGGAAUCACCGGUACAUGCUGCGCUUUGGACCGCGUGAUACAAACGAAUUUGACGCUGGUUUGCACAACACGACAGGCUCCUCAGCGGACAAAGGCCGUUUACCUGUCGUAGACGAGGACUUGGUCGAUGCGGAGCUGCAGUACUCACAGGCUAGAAUCCUGGAAGCACCGGAGAAUCGCAGUCCCUGGUCAUACGCCCGCGGCGUGCUGCAAGCGGCUGGCAGACCAGUUUCUGAAUGGAAAGUAUUUGCUCGCCAAUUUGUGGCUGAGAAGGUGGAGGACGACAAGGUAGUGGAUGUCGCCGUCAAGAGUAGCCAUGCUGUGGAGUGGCUGGCGGAUAUAUAUGCGGAGGAAGGCGAAGCAGUGUCGCCUGGCGAAGGAAGUGCAGCCGAGGCAGUGAAGAUGCUCACUCUCCUCAAGGACAAGUACGACCCUAUUCGGAGAAACUAUUGGGACUAUCGCAUUCGACAGGUUACAGAGUCCCUGACAGCUGCUGCAGAGGUAUCUGCUUCUGCCUGA